CUAUUCGCACAGAAGCCGAACUUCCGGCCUGAUCCAGUUCCGCAAAAUCUCGGUGCCGCCGCACCCCUCUGAAGAAAGCGUGGCUCGAAAUCUACGAGGAGAUGAAAAUCGAGAUCCGGAUGAAUCUCAAGGCGCGCAGGGUCGAGCGAGCAACCUGCAGAAGUGCGCUGACUUCGCGCACGCCUUCAUGCUCCGGAUGGAUGAGCUCUACGUUUAGUCGUUCGAGAUCAAGGACGUGAAGACGUUGAAAGGGGAGCACCUGUCGCGAGCGAUCGGGCGGCUGAGCGGGAAAGGGGGCAAAGACGAAAUUCGCGGAUUCCAAAAUUCAUAUGCUUGGAUCGUCAGCUCGCCUCGCUGAAAGGUUUUACUAAUUUUUAUUUUUAUUUUUUCUUUAACUUUGAUUGCGUUUUUGAUCAUUUUUGUUAUGAGAUAGUAGCUCUUAAAUAUUGGAUUGUGCUAAGACAUUGAAUUUUUGAUAGUUUCUUGUUGAUUAUAGUGGAAUGAUUGGUGGCAUCAUUUUAUUGCACACGAACCAUUUCUUUUUCACAAAACAGCAGUAUUAAAAGAAUGCAAACCGGAAAGGACAUUUAAGUGUUGAACCGAGUUGGUUUUCGUUGGGGGACACGUGUUCUCAUCCAAAUGCAAUGCGCACGUGCACAUAUGCCCAGAAUAGACUUUAUAUAAGGUAUCUGACGUGGACACAAUAUUGAUCAUAGAGCAAUCUUUAACAAAAGCAAGUUCUAUUGAGAACAAGUUCUAUAAAUAUGACACUAACAGACAAUAGUUAUACAUAUUUACCACACACAAAAAAAAUAAAAAAUGUUUUCGGCUACAAAGGCCUUCAUUCUGUGCUACUUAGGUGUUAUUAUGAUUGGAGGCGCAACGCAAGUUAAUGCUUCAAUUCGUUGUUGUACGUUUGAAGUGGUAAAUUCUGCGCACACUAGACUAUGCACCAAAAAGACUAUGCUGACCAUAAAUGGACAGUUCCCGGGGCCAACCAUAUAUGCUAGGAGGGGAGAUCUGAUUACAAUGAAUAUUGUGAAUCGCGCCGAUCAAAAUAUCAGCAUCCACUGGCAUGGAGUAAAAAUGCCCCAGUAUCCAUGGUCAGAUGGCACCAACUAUGUGACGCAGUGCCCAAUUGAACCUGGACAAAAGUUUACCCAACAAAUUAUUCUCUCCGACGAGGAAGGCACAUUGUGGUGGCACGCUCACAGCGAUUGGGCUCGGAAUUCUGUGUAUGGCGCCAUUGUCAUUCUACCGCCCAGGACUGAGUCUUUUCCUUUCCCCAUCCCUCAUGCCCAUUUUCCCCCCAUCCUAAUAGGAGAGUGGUGGAAUACCGAGAUUGAAACAGUCUUCAAGGAGUUUCUCGAGACUGGAGGAGAUCCUGAAGUUUCUAAUGCUUUCCUCUUCAAUGGCCAACCAGGAGACUUGUAUCCAUGCUCAAACCAAGAUACGUACAAGUUGCGAGUGGAAUAUGGGAAAACUUACUUGAUCAAAUUGGUUAAUGCGGCGCUGGACAACAUCAUGUUCUUCAAAAUUGCCAACCACGAGCUCACCGUGGUUGGCGCUGACGGCGCCUACACGAAGCCGUUGACGACCGAUUACGUUGCGAUUCCCCCCGGCCAGACCCUCGACUUGCUGCUGGAGGCUAACCAGCCACCCAGCCAUUAUUACAUGGCCACCAGAAUGUACACCAGCAAAGACGUCCACAGCCCCACCACCCCCACCACAGCAAUCAUCGAGUACGUGGGGAACUACACACCGCCGCCAUCACCGCUUCUUCCAAGUUUACCCGAUGUCAAAGACUCAGCGGCGGUCAACAACUUCAUCAACCGACUGAGAAGUCUAGGAAACGACGUGGAUGUUCCUAAGAAGGUGGAGGAAUUCAUGUACUACACUCUAUCGAUGAAUCUAAUGCCGUGUCUGAAAAGCACGUGUUCGGAGUCGACUAGGCUGCUGUCAAGCGUGAACAACGUGUCGUUCGUGCUUCCCCGAUUCCGACUGGACAUUCUACAGGCUUAUUACAGAGGGAUCAAUGGAAUUUACACAGAGGAUUUCCCAGACUUCCCGCAUUUAUCUUACGACUUCACCGGCGUUGUGCUACCCGAAGAAGAGGCGGGGACGAGCUUCGGAACAGGGGUUCGGAUGCUAGAGUAUAACACCACGGUGGAAGUGGUGCUUCAAGGAGCCAACCAUCUCAUCGAUCAUCCCAUACAUCUACACGGAUACAGGUUCUACGUGGUCGGAUCCGGUUUAGGGAACUACAACAGAAUCAGGGAUGUGGCCAACUACAAUUUGGUCGACCCGCCGUUGAUGCAAACCAUUGUAGUGCCCAAAAGCGGAUGGGCCGCAAUAAGAUUUAAGGCAAACAAUCCGGGAGUGUGGUACAUGCAUUGCCAUAUCGAGCGUCAUAUCAGCUGGGGAAUGGGAAUGGUGUUCAUCGUCAAAGACGGGGAACGUCCCCAUGAGAAGAUGUUGCCACCUCCGCCGGAUAUGCCACGUUGCUGAAAAAUCUUCUUCUACUUUUCCCAUGAAUAAAAGUCCGAAUCGUCUUCUGCUUCCAUAUUAAUUACUGUGUAUGCCCAUCAUAUCUACCUAUACUAAUAUAAAAAUGGAACUAUCACUACUACAAAUAUGAGCAUUCUGCACUGUAGAGAAUAGGUAUGUAGAGAAAGACCCCCUUUUUUUCUCUACGUAGUCUGUAGUUUCCAUAGACUACAGUGUCACGCACAUACUCUACAGUCUUCACAUGUAGUCUAUAGUGUGCAAUAGGUAAUUUGUUUUUCAUUGUAGUGUACGUAUGUUUACUUUUGUCUACGGUUUUAAUGGAUCUGUGCAUUGUAUGUCUUA